AGCUGAUGCUAUAGUUAAACAUCGAUAGCAUUAGAUUGCACGUGUUGAAUUAUUUAGUUUUGUUUGGCAUUAUUUACAUUUUCAAUUCCAGCUGUGUGUAACUCUUUUAAUCUUUAAAACCCGAUAGAAAAUGGCACGAAGACCAGAGCAUUCUGCACCACCAGAGAUUUUCUACAACGAUGAUGAAGCCAAGAAAUAUUCUACAAACACACGCAUAAUAGAAAUCCAGGUAGAAAUGGCAGAGCGUGCCCUGGAACUGUUGGCCCUCCCCGAUGAUGAUGAAUCGCGUCUCAUUUUGGACAUUGGCUGUGGCUCCGGACUCUCGGGCAGCGUUCUAGAGGACAGUGAUCACAUGUGGAUUGGGAUUGACAUAGCCAAAUCGAUGCUGGACAUUGCAGUGGAACGCGAAGUGGCCGGCGAUGUCAUUUUGGGUGACAUGGGCGAAGGCAUGCCCUUUAAGCCCGGCACUUUUGAUGGUGCUAUUUCCAUUUCAGCCUUGCAAUGGUUGUGCAAUGCCGACAAAUCCUAUCACAAUCCACACAAGCGCCUGCUAAAAUUCUUUAGCACAUUGUUCUCCUGCUUAACGCGCACUGCACGCGCUGUCUUCCAGUUCUAUCCAGAGAAUUCAGAUCAGAUUGAAAUGGUCACGUCCCAAGCCAUGAAAGCUGGUUUCUAUGGUGGCCUGGUAGUGGAUUAUCCCAACUCGGCGAAGGCCAAGAAAUACUAUUUGGUGCUAAUGACAGGUGGAGCGGCAGAAUUGCCACAAGGCUUGGGCUCACCGGAAGAAGAACGUCGCAUAAACUACAUAAAGAAGCGUGAUGCUUGCCGCGAUGCGCGUGGCAAAGCGCCGAAAAAGUCGCGUGAUUGGAUUUUGGCCAAGAAAGAGCGUCGUCGUCGUCAAGGUCUCGAGACGCGCCCAGACACCAAAUAUACGGCGAGAAAACGUAGCGGACGCUUUUGAGAAUUUCUGAAUAUAAC